UUCAUCCAACAGGGAACUAGUACCCCAUAUUCUCCCUGUACACGUACACAGGCAUCUCUCUCUCGGUCCCGACCGUGUUUUGCUACCGAGGGUCUCUCAUGGCCUUCUAAAUUAGAGACCCCGCAUCCACCAACCUCUCGCUAUUGCUAUCCCUCUCACUAGCUAGCUCUCAUCCCUAUGCAUCUACCACACCUUCUCACCCACAGAACACAAAACCCAAUACUACAAGAAUCAUGCACCACUCAUGACCUAAUCAGCCAGACACCCGGCCCUCUUGUCAAUCCAUUUCCCUCCGAAGAAGAAGCUUCCACACCCACACAGAUUCAUUUCCCACCUUUGCUUCGAUCGUAGAGCUAGUAGCCUAGCGCUAGCACCGUGGUUGCAAACUUGCAAUGGCAACCGCUGCUGCCCCGGAUCUAUCUCUCAACAUCAGCCCGCCGUCACCAGCCGACAUGGCCGGGACUAGCAGCGGCUGCGACGACAUGGCCAUCUCUGCGGAGACAAGGCUUUGUCUAGGCUUCGACAUGGCGACGCGGGACAAUGGCCACUGCGACCUCCAGCAGCAGCGUCUGCACCAACCAAGCCAGAUCCCAAGAUUCAAGAAGAGCUCCGGUGAUAGCCAGGCGGGCUCCUCCAAGGAGAGAUCUGGGAGCGGCGGCGGCGGCGGCGGGAAGAAGAGCUCGAGGGCACCCCGGAUGCGGUGGACGACGGCGCUCCACGCGCACUUCGUGCAGGCCGUGCAGCUCCUUGGCGGCCAUGAGAGAGCAACACCAAAAUCAGUCUUGGAGUUGAUGAACGUGAAGGAUCUCACACUAGCUCAUGUCAAGAGCCACCUGCAGAUGUACAGAACAGUGAAGGGCACUGCCACGGACAGAUCAUGUGCUGCAGGCCAUGUCCAGAUGAGAGAUAUGGGCUUUCUGAGGACAGGCCGUGAAGUGGAUGGCUUCGACGUAUUUAACAACAUCACGUCCAAUACAAGAAGGCAGCCAUGGACGUCGCCGCCGGGGGAGCAGCAGGGGAGCGCCUGGUGCCAGCCGCCGCUGGCCCUGUCCCAGGCCCAGGCCCAGCAGCAACGCAACGCUGGGCUGCCGUUGCCUAGCCCCUACCUCAUGUCCAUUCACCAGUACUUAAUCAAACAAAAUCAGGGAUGGAGGGGAAGUGCAGUACAGCGAGAUGCAGCAUUACUCCCUUGCCAAGGGCAGGAGGACAGAGGACUACAAGGACGUCUGCCCGCGGGUGCAGGCCAUGAUGAGACGGCCAGGAUUAGAUCGUCGGCCGCAGGUUUUCCAAAGGGAUGGUCGUCGUCGUCUUCUUCGCCGACCUCUACCCCGGCAGCACAGCAAAUGAACGGCAGGAUUGGCAGCGGCGCAGAGCAAGCAUGCAUCAGGCAGCAGCAGCAGGCGCCAUCAAGGGUGCCAAGCCUGGAGAUGAGCCUAGGGAGGCAGGGGUGGCAAAAUGGCAUGGAGCAGCAGAGGCUGCAGGGACAGCGCAGCGUCGAGUCGACGUCCGCGUCCAAAGAGCUAACCCUACUAAAGUGCUUGUGAAAAAUAAUAGCUAGUCCCAAGAGUGCAAUUAAUCCCAUGCACGCCCGGCCGGGAGAGAGUAAGAGUUAGAAUAAGAAAUGCUAGCAGAGUGGAGUAGUUUCUUUUUUUUCCUUAACUGUUUGGUGAUCUUGUGCUUUUCAAGGGUGUUUACUUCGUACAUUAGUUGAUUUUCUUUUGACCA